UUGUUUCGUUGUUUGUUGUUAGUUUUGACAUUUUUGACAGGCAAUGUGUGUUUAUAAAAUAUAAGGGGAAAAUGUAUACUCUUUUCAUCGUUAUAAUAAAAACUACAGAAAUUCGUGAUAAGUGAAUAAUUUUUUUGAAAGUGGCAAAGAAACUUCAUUUUCGGUUUCUCGACCCUAAACUAUUCAAGGGUUGGUGGUGAAUAUUAUAAGUGUGAUUCGGUAAGAAGCAUUCGGUAAGAAGUGGUGAAAAUAUUUGUGCUUGUAACCGGAAUGAUCGGUGAAAAUGUAAUCAAAAUAUAACCUGAAAGUAUGAAUAGCAUCUUUCUCUAAAUAGUUGGAUUGACCCGUUGUUGAUGUAAAAACAUGUGUCCGUCCUACCAGCUGACUAUUUCUGUAUUAAAUCAAACACAUCUUCAGACUUAAAAAUGCUUUGAGUUAGUGUUGAAAACCGUUAUUUUUUAUAAUGACUUUAAAACGCAAUAAAACGAAAAAAAAUUAAAUGGACGCGUUGGAAUUACCGGAGUUUCGAUAUAUUAUUUUCACGUAAUAUGCGAAUCGUAAACAAUGAUCAAAACAUAGACCCAGUGCACCCGAAAAUGUCCGAAGAUUUUCACAAUGGAAACAACUCAAAAUUAUUGAAUUGCGUAAAAGGAGUUUCCUAUUUCAAUGAGAUAAACGACGUAGAAACAGAAACUAGCGAUGAAGAAGUCGUCGUAGAUCAUAUGUACGCUACAAAUACCGAAAAUGACGAGAAAAAUAACAUAAACGAAGAAAAUCCGCCAUUCAGCUGUCAAACAGCCGAAAGUGAGGUUAGGUUCAUCAAAGAGUGGCUCAUCUUACAUACUGACCUGAUACAACAACAAAACGAUGAUAUUAUCGAUAAAGACAGGGAAAUCCACAUUUUGCGAAAAGAAAAUGAAAUGCUCAAAGAGCGGAUAAACUGUUUAGAAAAAGGAAUACCUUAUCAGCCAGAUAAGUCUUCCGACCAGAGAGUUUCUACAGAGGAAAUUCUGGAAGAUAUGACCCAAGGUCCUUGCCAGGAAGAAUCAAAAGAAAAUAUCCAGUUAUUUGAGGAGCAGUAUUACAGUGACGAUGGUUGUUCUUUAGAAAUAAACUAUCAAGACGAUCACGCGGACUUGAGUGUCUCCGAAUCUCAAAUUAACAAUAGUGUUGUCGAAACCCCUAAAGACCAUUCGUUAGAUUUAGAAAAUAGUGUUAACGAGCUCAAAGACGAGGACCACUCGCUAAACGAAGUAGAAGAUAACUGUUACAAACCUGAGAGUGACAUAUUAAAUUGCAGUGAUUCCUUUUCUAAUUAUAAUUUCACCAUUAAUAAUAUUUGUGAUUUUGAUCCAAUGAAAAACUUGAGAAUGAGCAUCAGGAGGAAAAGAGUCACCAGUAAUUCUUCUGCGUUGUCCCAAAAUGAAUCAGUGAACCUGGAAGAAAAGGAAGCGCCCAGGCGACUGAAGAAGAAAAAGCGACGACCAACUAAAAAUGCCAAAUUCUUGACAUCCAGUGAACCAUUUGUUACCCAAUCCCAUGAAGUUAGCCUGGGCAUCUCUCCUGGUGAAAGAGAUGUUACGGAAUGUUUGGCAGCAUCACUAGAGGUCCCCAGAUGGCGCCACAAAAUCUACGGUAGUUUCUAUACACUGGAAGGAACGGAAAACUUGGACGAUGAAGUCUUCAAUAAAAGGCAUAUGCGACCCGAGUAUGAAGAAAGGCGACGGAAAAGGUGGGAUUUUCAAAGAAUACGUGAGCAGCGAGUGAUAGAAAAAUUGAAGCAGCGCCAAGAUAGGGUCGGAUUGGGAUCGAAACCAGAAGAAAACGAACCGGUACACUCUCUGUGGCCAAAAGCUGAAGAUGUGAAGUUCCUCGAGAUAGUCGAUGAAUUACCUGUUUCAGCUUUUGGCCAACCCAUUCCAAGAAUCAACAAAAGCGAAUUUGAGCUGCCGUGGAUGAAGGAUCCGUCGCUGUUGUCAAAAAAACCUCACUCGAGAAAGUCGACGUCGAGAAGGAGGCGCUCGAAAAGAUAGAAUUAAGUUAAAACAUCGUACCUGGAACUUUUAAUGUAUAUCUUGAGAAAUAGAUCAAGGAAAAACUCG